AAGAAAUUGGUGAAACUUUAGUUGAUUCAUUUAUGGAAACAAGAAAUGAAUUACUCCUGUCUGACUCUGAAGCCGUUUUUAACAAAGCAAUCGAUCAUUACUAUAAUGAUUCAGAUUAUGCUGAUUCUGUUAAACCACUUAUUCUGUCGCCAAAGUUUUAUUAUAGGGUACUGAUGAAGUUUGGUACAGAUGCACAAAUAACAGCUCUCUGUUUUGAAAGCAUCCUUUUAAUUCGUGUUAGCAUCGAUCAACAACUUAAACAGACUUCUGAUCUCGACAUCCCAAUUAGUAUGAAUCAAUAUGCAUUUAAAGAGACAUGUAACAUUUUUAAAGUUAUUUGUAACGGCAAAAAUAUUUUUCGACCUUCUCAUUUGGAUUUAAUUUCGCAAUGCUUCAACAUAGAAAUCCUUGGAAUGUUAUUUGGCCAUUAUUUACCUAGCUUGUUUAACUUAGAAAUUACCCAUGCAAAUCACUGA